GUACCAUUGCGCAUGCGCAGUGACAGCGAGCAGCGGUCAGACCUGUCAAAACACACUCAUCCCCCUUCGUCGAUGAGACUUGCGUGAACAUUCACAGGUUGCGUUUCCAACACAAACGAAACGAAAGCCGGCUCCUGCGUUUGAUGUUGUGACGUAACAGUUCAAGUCGAUAAGAAUCAACACUAUAGCAGCUGUAAAACGCGGGACUUUGAUCUCAUGUAGGCCUACAUGAAACACCAACUUUUAACGUUGAACUUGAAACCAUGGAGUCAUCCUCAGCACCAGAAAGGAUGGUGCAGAGACUCCUGUCUGUGCCUGGUGUUCGCAGUCUGGCCAGCAGCAUACGGAGCUACAUGAGCUGGACUGUGGGGUGGUUUUGGAUCCCUGCCUGGCUGCCCUCAUGGUGCCCGACAUCCCAUAAGCUGCUGCAGGCUGCAGAGGAAAAGAUGCUGCGAUGUGUAAACACUUCUCUAACAAAACAAUUCAUCUGCAUGUCCAAUGGCGACCAGCUCUGGACCCUCAGUCUAGUCAGCGAUGCUGUUAAGGAUAAAACCCCCAUGGUUCUGCUGCAUGGCUUUGGAGGUGGAGUGGGACUUUGGGCUCAGAACUUAGACGCUUUGUCGGCAUGUCGGCCUGUUUUUGCUUUGGACCUGCUGGGCUUCGGUCAAAGCAGCAGACCUGAGUUCUCCACACAGCCUGAAGCUGCAGAGGACCAAUUUGUGGAUUCUAUUGAGCAAUGGAGGGACAAAAUGGGUCUGGAGAGCAUGAUAUUGCUUGGACACAACCUUGGAGGAUACUUGGCUGUGUCAUAUUCUAUCAAGCAUCCGGACAGGGUCAAACAUAUCAUUUUGUUGGAGCCCUGGGGUUUCUCUGAGAGUCAGGGCUCUCCAAAGAUCGACCGGCCAAUCCCAGUGUGGAUAAAAGCCCUCGGUGCCGUUUUCCGCCCCUUUAACCCCCUGGCUGGCUUGCGACUGGUGGGACCACUGGGUCCCGUUUUGGUCCAAACCCUGAGGCCAGACUUCAAGAGGAAGUUUUCGUCGAUGUUCAAAGAUAACACCGUGUCAGAGUACAUUUACCACCUGAACGUGCAGUUCCCUAGUGGAGAAACGGCUUUUAAGAAUAUGACUGAUACAGGUGGCUGGGCACAGAGGCCGAUGCUUCAAAGGAUGGAGCAGCUGCAGCCCCACAUCCCCAUGACCAUAAUCUACGGCUCACGCUCAAGCAUCGACAGCAUCUCAGCCGACAGCCUCAGAGAGAGGAGGCCACACUCUAAUGUCGAUAUGAUUACUAUCCGUGGAGCUGGGCACUACGUUUUUGCUGAUCAUCCAGAGGACUUCAACAAGACCGUUGUGCAAGUGUGUGAAAAAGUGGACUGAGAGUGGAGGCCAACUAUGAACAGGAGUACAGCAUCAUGGCAUGAUUUCAUCAGCUAUUAAGAGAAGAAAUAAGCCUUAGCUUCAACAAAUGUAAUGUUUUUAAGAUCUCUUAAAAUGAUAUACAAUUAUAUUAACUCAAAAAUCUAUCUCACAAAACCUUUUUUUGCCUGCACUGCUGAUGAGGCAGGAUUUAGUUGUACAACUAGAUCUGGCAACAGAAACAGAGGUUAUGGCAUUAAUGACUCUUUAUCAGGGCAUGACUGAUGUGUUUCACUUUGCUUCUCAAUAACAUGGACCUGUGACUCAAGCUUGAAGCACCAUUGCAAGGAUUAGAAAACAAACCAACCCAUUUAAAACUGCGUUUAACAGAAGUCUGAUCAAAAUGAACUUUCAUUUUCUUGGGAAUUUGAGAGCAGUUUUUGCCACUUUGAUGAUGGUGCUUUCUAAAAGAAGUGACAAAUUCCAAGAAGCAAGAGUAAUUUCAUGUUUUACAGCCAAUGUGUGUAACACUGGAGCCAAAGGGCGUUCUGCUGCAGUCACACUCGUGUCAAAUUUGUGUUGUCAAAUUGUUGAACAAUUAUUUUUUAUAAGUCCUGUCCAGCAGCUGAGCAAACGGGUACUAGCUGAAGGCCUCUUGUGCUGUACAGAUGUUACUUUUACAGAUAGGGGUUAUGUAGCUUCAGGCACACGAGGUGUAUAUUUGUAUAAACUCCUUUUGUAUUUAAGGCUAAAAUUUAUUUAUAUUUGUGUGAAUUUCAUUUUGGACCGGACGGAAAAGAGAGGGAGAUUGGGGAAAUUAGAGACGAGGACGAGGGUCAGGGGUGCGAGAAAGAAAAAAAGGAUGUUCAAGUGAUUGGAGGACCAUGAAAGAAACACGUAGGAAGGAGUGGGAUUAUAGAAAGAGGCAACAAGUUGUUGGAGGUUUAUCAUUAUAAUGUUCAAAGGUAAAUGUUUAUUAAAGGGGCAGGACCUGUUCACAGAUAAACACAGCAUGCCAGUUCUACACACAUUCAAAUAUUCUGUUUGUGCACCUGUGCUCAGGUGAGUGUGUACUACAGAAAGAACAAAAUGUGAGGGAGGAGACUCCCAGAAUACCUUCACAGUCUCAUGUCUGCUCAGCUCCUCCAUGUUCCACAGUGCACACCAAGUUAUUUACUUCAUCUGCAGCGCCUUUGCCAUGGCUUUAUUAGGAAUUUACUCGCGGCAGUCUGUCGGAUUGUCUAGACUCAGUGUUCCCAAGUCUAGCUCAGGUUCUAGUUCAACUUCCUGUGCAUGAGCUGACGCUUUCUCUGACUCCAGCUUGUGAGUUUUUCUCCUGACCCGUCUCUUCCCAGCUGGUUCUGGAUGUUGAAUUUGUCUGCCCAGUCUGGAUGAACUCAUGUGUUUGACCAUAGAUUCAAGCCUUAAGUAUUUGCGGGGGAUCAGGAGUACUGAAAGGACGAUUACACCAUGUUGUAAGAGUUUCUUAAGACUCCUGUCGGGCUCAGAACAAUUCAACCCUGACUGUUUUUGCUCAGUGGCUUCUGAGC